CUGUGCGGGGUGGGGAAAUCUCCUCCCCAAAAGCCUCUUCCUGUUUGUGGGGCCGGCUCAGCUGCGCUAUCAGCAGUGGUCAUCCUGUCCUGCUCUUAUCGGCCGGACACUGCUGGCCUGGCUGGAGGGGUCAUCCACGGCCCUUCUGCAGGGUGGGACAUGUGCCCAAUGCUGUGUCCACCCCAGCUGGCUGGAGCAGGCUGUCCUGGCUUGGGGGUCACUCACAGCCCCUCUGUAGGGUGGGACAUGUGUCCAGUGUCCACCAUGUCCAUCCCAGCUGACCUGGAGCAGGCUGUUCUGGCUUGGGGGUCACUCACAGCCCCUCUGUGGGGUGGGACAUGUGUCCAGUGUCCACCAUGUCCACCCCAGCUGGUCUGGACCCAUCUGUCUUGGCUUGGGGGUCACACUGCAGGGUGGGACACAUGUCCAGCACCAGCUGUGUCCCGGGCUCUGGCCUGGGGGGGGUCACUCACAGCCCCUCUGCGGUGUGGGACCUGUGUCCAAUGCUGUGUCCAUCCCCAGCUGGCCUGGAGCAGGCGUUUGAGGUGACAGUGAGGGUGACACCAUCAUCACAGCGCUGCCGGCUCCGGGGCCGCUGCAUCCUGCGGGCGGGCAAGGAGGCGCUGGAGCUGUGGCACCCUCAGAGCCAGGAGCUGCUGGCCAGCUGGCCCUACCGCUUCCUGCGCCGCUUCGGCCGCGACAAGGUGACCUUCUCCUUCGAGGCCGGCCGGCGCUGUGCGUCUGGAGAGGGCAACUUCGAGUUCGACACCAGGCAGGGCAACGAGAUCUUCCAGGCCAUCGAGGCGGCCAUCGAGGUCCAGCGGGGCCGCGGCGCCGAGGAGCCGUGCCGGGGGGGCCCCGCGGACGAAGCCCCGCGGCCGCUUGAGCACGCCAGGACGCCCGGCCGGGCACAGGGCCACGAGGAGCCCAAGUGCCCCCUCAAAGGGGAGGGGAAAGGGGCCAAGGGCAGGCCGGUGAUGCCCCCCGGGGCUGGGGAGGCCUCGGGGCCGUUCCAGCUGUCACGGGGUGCGGAUUGUCCCUACGCCGAGCCCCACGACUCCCUGCGCCGCGGGAAUGCGGCCGCGCCGCCCGACAAGGGCCGGAGGCCGGACGGUGCCAGGGUGGAGUCCGAGUACGCCGUCCCCUUCGACACCAUCGCCAAGUCCUUCCUGGUGCGCCAGUUCGGUGGCCUGGGCUGUCCCCAGGAGGGGUUCCCCGAGCCGCCGAGUGUCCCCAGGGAUGCAGGGGUUGCUCAGCAGCCCCCCGGCCGCCCCACGGCCCCCAAACCCGAGCACAUCUACGACGAGCCCGAGGGUCUCUCGGGCCUCUCGCUGUACGACGAGCCCGAGGAGGUGAAGGGGGAGGCCUGGAGGCUGCAGGCGGCCCCCGAGGAGCCCCCCGGGCUCGGGUGUCCCUACAACGCCCAGCGCGACGACUACGCCGUCCCCAAGAGGCCCUUCCUGCUGCAGGGCAAGGAGUGGCUGGGCGACUGCGACUACGACAACGUGGCCCUCAAGGUGGCCAAGAAGAGGAACCUGCAGUGAGCGGCAGCGGGGGAGAGGAGCAGGGGACGCCCCAAAUCCCCCAGCAGGACUUUACCCCACCCCAGCUGAGACCCCCAGAGCUCAGCGCACCCGGGGCUGGGGAGGGGGCACAGCUGGGGGGUGGCAGGGGACAGCCGGGGGUGGCAGGGGACAGCCGGGAGGUGGCAGGGGACAGCUGGAAGCGCUGGAUGCGCCCACUGGAGGGCAGUGCGAGCCCAUAGGAGCGGCGGUGCCCGGGCAGCGGGAUCCCCGCGGCCGCAGCCCCGGGACCCCAAAGCCCGCUCGAGCAGCGGCUCCGCCCCACUCAUCCCCCGGGAUGCACUUCCAGGGCGGCUGGAGCGGGAAUGGCCUGGGGCGCUCAGCUGGGUGUGCUUCUUCAGGGAUGGACAUCCCAAAUUCCUCUGGAUGGACAUCCCAAAUCCCACAGGAUGGACAUCCCGAAUCCCACAGGAUGGACAUCCCGAAUCCCCAGGGAUGGACAUCCCGAAUCCCCCAGGGAUGGACAUCCCGAAUCCCCCAGGGAUGGACAUCCCGAAUUCCACAGGACGGACAUCCCAAAUCCCCAGGGAUGGACAUCCCGAAUCCCCCAGGGAUGCAGAUCCCACCCCAUGGGAUGGACAAUGCACAUUCCCAGGGAUUCAGAUCCCACCCCUGAGCCCUCCCGUGCCCACACAGAGCCCCCAGUGCUCCCAGGAUGUUCCAGUGCCACAGCAGUGCCGGAUCCUUCCCUGCCCAAAGGUCCCUCCCCGCCUUGCUCAGCAAACCCCCAAAUUCCGGCUGUUUCAUCCUCACUUUGGUUUUUAAUUCUCUUUAUAAACGCCCUUUCCAGCCCCUCUGAAUUCCAGAUGGAGAACUGGGCUUUAUUUUCAUGGAGAUUUUCACAGCUGGCUCAAAUCCUCCCACUACAAACCAGUACACAGCCAUAGGGUCAUCUUCCUUGAUUUCCUUUCCCUUUCCCUUUCCCUCCUCAUCUUCCUCCUCCUCCUCUUCCCAACCCCCUCCAGCCUUUCCUGGGGGACAUCCAGCCCCUCAAGCAGACCCACCCCAAUUCCCAUGGGAUUUCCCUGGACCCCUCAGUGCCCAGGACCCCCUCGGACCCCCCAGCCCCAUCCCCACCCCAGAGCAACCUCGGGAUCCCAGUUCCUCAGCAUCCCAUCAGCUUUUCCAUGGGAAGCGGGGCCAUUCCAUGAAUUAUUUAUAACCUCUCUCAAUCAAAGGCGACACUCAGGUGCUGCAGUUCAUUUCCUGGAUCCCGCGAAUCCAACGGGAGGGUUUUAAUGAGGCAAAUUAAGUGGUUUUGAUAAGAGAUGCUGAUUAAAGCUCCGGCGCCAUCGCUGCAUCCCGGGUGGGGUUGGGGGCAAUGGGAUGCACAGGUGGGAUCCUGCUCCAGGUGGGAUCCUGCUCCAGGUGGGAU